CCGCUCCUUCCCCGCCCGCGCCUUCCCGCCCCUUUUAACCCCCUUAAACCCCCUGCCCUUCGCCCCCCAAACGAUCCCCACACGGCUCGGCUGCGCGGCCAUGGAUGGCCCCGGCGCGGCGGCGGCGGGGGGAGCGGGCCCCGGCGGCGGCCCCUGCAACGUGCCCGCCUUCCUCACCAAGCUGUGGACGCUCCUGGAGGAUCCCGACACCGACUCUCUCAUCUGCUGGAGCCCCAGCGGGAGCAGCUUCCACGUGUUUGACCAGGGCCAGUUCGCCAAGGAGGUGCUGCCCAAGUACUUCAAACACAACAACAUGGCCAGCUUCGUGCGCCAGCUCAACAUGUACGGCUUCCGCAAGGUCGUGCACAUCGAGCAGGGGGGGCUGGUGAAGCCGGAGAAGGACGACACGGAAUUCCAGCAUCCCUAUUUCAUCCGGGGCCAGGAGCUCCUCCUGGAGAACAUCAAGAGGAAAGUCACCAGCGUGUCCAACGUCAAGAGCGAGGACGUCAAGGUGCGGCAGGACAACGUCACCAAGCUGCUGACGGACAUCCAGGUGAUGAAGGGCAAGCAGGAGAGCAUGGACUCCAAGCUGGUGGCCAUGAAGCACAGGAGGCUGGGAACCACUAGAUGGAGUGCAGGGAGCAGCUCUGGGAUGUGCUCUGGGCGCUGGGAGCUCCCCCUUCCUUCCAGGAAUUACCCAGUUCAUCAGGAAAGGAAACAAAACCAACCCAAGAGAGGUGGGUGUGCAAUUCCUGAAAUGUGAAAUGCUGGGAUUGGGGAUUGUUGGGAGCCCAUCAGGGAAAUGGGAACGUAAAGAGGGGAGAGGAUCCCAAUUAAAUGAGCGAGUAAAUGAUUAAAUUACUGCUGGUUCCAGUCCUGGAUGCUCCCAAGCCUCUCCCAGGGCCCGCCCUCUCCUCUCUGUCCCGGGUUUUCCUGAGGAGUUUUUACCUGUUCCUGAGGGUUUGUGUCGUGCUGCACCCCUGCAGGGGGGUUAUUCCAUGUUAUUCCACGUUAUCCCGGGUUUUUCCAGGUUAUUCCCUCCCCUCCACCACUCCAGAGUCAACACCCAUCCUCCUUUCUGUAGGGAAAAAAGUGGAUUUUGGGGGUCAGCCCUUCAGCCCGGGCCUGUCGUGCUGCUGCU